UUGAUUGAUUGAUUGAUUGAUUGAUUGAUUCUCUGAUCGAUCGCGUGGGGCGGACCAGGCCGCACACCGUUGCUAGGCGACGCUCCGCUCUGAUGACGUCACUCGCGCCGCGACGCCUCCCGGCGUGCCCGGUUGCCUGGCAACGCGUCGCGCGGGUGACGCCACUUCCGCCUUCUCCUCGCCCCUCAGGCCGCCAUGGCGGCCGUGUCGGUGUUCCCGUCGGCGCGGGAGCUCGGCCCGGCCCUGGCGCGGAUCGUGGUGGAGGCGGCGGCCGAGGCGGCGCGGGAGGAGGGCGGGCGGUUCUCGCUGGGGCUCUCGGGGGGCUCCCUGGUGGAGCUGCUGGCGCGGGAGCUGCCGCCCGCCCUCAGCGCCGCCCCCGCCGCCGCCGACCCCGCGCGGUGGCUCCUGGCGUUCUGCGACGAGCGGCUCGUGCCGCCCGAGCACCCCGACAGCACCUACGGCGCCUACCGGGCCCAGCUGCUGUCCCAGCUGCCGCCCCGGGCGCGGGUGCUGUCGGUGACCCCCGGGCUGGACCCCCACGCUGCUGCCAGGGACUACGAGGAACAGCUGCGGGGGGCUUUCCCAGGGCAGGAGGUCCCUGAGUUUGAGCUGCUGGUGCUGGUGGGCCUCGAUGGACACACCUGCUCCCUGUUCCCGGGACACCUGCUCCAGGAGCAGGAUGCGGUCGUGGCGGCCCUGGAGGACUCCCCGAAGCCGCCCCCGGCGCGGGUGACGCUGACGCUGCGGGCGCUGAACGCGGCGCGGCGCGUCCUGUUCGUGGCCACCGGCGCCUCCAAGGCCCCCGUGCUCAAGCGGAUUUUGGAGGGCGAGGAGCAGCCCCCGCUGCCCGCGGCGCUGGUGCGGCCGCGCUCGGGGCGCCCGCGCUGGCUGCUGGACCAGGCGGCGGCGGCGCAGCUCGGCGUUCCCGAGGGAAAACCGCCCGGAGAGUAGGGAUGGGAGAGGAUCCAGGAGCUGGGAGAUCCCCCUGGAAACCACCCCGGAAUCCCGGUGAGGCGUUCCCGGAGCUGAGGAUUCCCAGGGACGGCAGAGGCGGCAACGCUGGAUCCCUGGAUCCCAUUCCGGGUGGGAAUGGGGAAUCCCGGGGGCUGUGGACCCAAAAACCUUGGGAUUUUUUUACUCCUUUUUUUUUUGGGUGCUUUGCUGAGCUUUCCAAGGAGAAAUUCCUUGGAUUUGCCGGGGGUUGGAAUCACGUGUGGGGACGGGAUGAUUUUGUGCUGGAGGGUUUGGAAUCUGGGUGGGAAUUGGGGAGAAGGGGCUGGAAUGGGUUUGGAUUUGGGUCUGGCAUUCCAGGCAUUCCAGGAGCUGAGUAUUCCCAGUAUUCCCAGAACACUCCAGAGCACAGAACUAGUGCUGGAUCCGUGACAUUGCAAACUGGAAUCCCAUGGGCUGUACCCCAGAAUAAUGGGAUUUUUCACUCUUUUUUUGGGAUCAAACGGU